CCUUUUUGGCAAGAUAAUUGGGGACCGACCGGCUAACUGGAUAGGAGUCAAGAGAACCAUGUCUAAUAUCUGGCGUCUCGCGCAACCUAUGGAAAUCAAGGAGCUAAGUCCGAAUUACUUUCAAUUUAUUUUUCAAAGUAAGGAUGAUAUGCAGAAGGUCUCGAAUGGGAUAAACUGGAGCUUCGAAAACCAGUACUUGGUCCUUAAGGAUUGGAGAACUGGGAUAUCAAGCAAGCAUUCUUGUUUUAAUGAACUGAAUAUCUGGGUCCAGGUUACAAAUGUUCCUUUGAAUUGGCUUAGUACAGAAGUUGGACUGAAAAUUGGCAAAGCUUUCAAGCAUGUGAAUAAUGUAGUGUUAGCGAAUUCUGGGAAUCAUGGAAGGAAAAUUCUCAAGCUUUUUGUUACCCUGAACCUUGAAGAGCCAUUGCCAAGAAUAGCCAACAUCAGACUGGGAGAUCAAGCAGCCAAAGUCGGGUUUAAGUAUGAAAAGUUGUUAAACCUUUGUCACUACUGUGGAAUGAUAGGGCAUCUUGAUAGAACAUGCUCCAAAAGAAUUGAAGAUAUAAACAACAACUGUUUGAAGGAGGGACAAUAUGGAGACUUCAUGAAAGCCAAUGAUUCCCAGAAAUGGUUUGAGCAAAAUGGUUCAGCUUCCAGAGGAUCUCCACAGCCAAACUCCACUACUCCAAAUGAACAGAGAUCAUCUCCAAAUGCUCAGUCUCAGCAAACUGAAACUAGUCAACAGCUAAUCCCCAUUUCUGAGCAAGCUUUAGUAAGAUCAAAAGAAAAAGUCCAAGACUCUUGGACAUCCAAUUCCUCUAUCCCUCAGCAGGAAAUUUUGGGUGAAUCUUCUCUGCAAAUUGUUGAAACCAAUAAAGCAAUGGAAGUUGACACUAGACUCUCUUCUUCACCACCCAUACUCUCAAUCCAGAGUAACUUGGCCUCUAAUGCAGUCCAGAAUCAGAGAUCCUGGAAAAGAGACAAAACCAGAGCUGGUAGAUUACUAAGAACUCCAAUCUCUAUUCAAAUUCCA